CGGGAAUUUAUUAUCAGCGAGUGCUGGCCUCAAUGGAUUAGAUCCAGCAUUUGGAACCCACUGUCCUUGACACGGCCCAGCUUUGGGCGGAGCUGAUCAUCUUUUGUCACUCGGUCAAGAUGAUCCCCAUCACGCGCAAAAUUGGCUCUUUGCUGGACCCGACCUCUCCAUCCUCGCCUUCGUCAUCCUCCAAUCCGUCACCUCCCAAGACAUCCAAAAUGCACCAACCUUCACCGCUCGGUCAUCCGGUGGCUACUUCAGAUCACGACGAGGGCUCAUCUGCAACAUCCGAUGAAGAGUCCCCAAAGCUGUCCAAGGUCAAAUCGAACAGCUCAAAGACGCCCGCAUUCCUUAGCAAAAUGCUGGGUCCGCUGAGUCAUUUACAAUUCAGCAAAUCGACACAUUCCAAAACCGCUUCCUCCGGAGAUGUCUUUGGAUUACUCAAAGCCUUGGCAGCUGAUCAAGCUGACUCGGACACUUCUGCUGAUCUGGCCGGUCUCUCUUCUCCGAGCAGUCUGACUGCUUCCGAUGCUCUGGAAACACCAAGCGAUAUCGCCGCCGACCACCAAAUCGGAGGUGCAGAUAAAGGAGGUAGGAAGGAUGUACCGGGUGGAGACCGAGACUCGGUACAAACUCAGCAACAGCAUGACUUGUUAGCAGCAGAGCUUGCAGCGCUCUCUGUCAGCAACAUGUCACCGCUCGCAUUCAGCGACCACCAUGAGAAGGAUCUCCGGGAUACCGAAGGGGAGACGUCUCAAGCGGCCAGUAAUCGUCUGGAACGAACCAAACUGCGUGAUCCGUUCCUUGAAGAUAUUCAACAACCUUCCGAUGAGGAGAAGCUCAAGGCCAUCAACGAGGAGUUUGGAGAUAUAGCCGGCCUGAUGACAGGUCCAGAAGGGGCCGAGGAACAAGAGAAGAUCCUGGCUGACGCGAAAGGGAGUCUCUUCAGAGAAGUUAUGCUGAUUGGCCACAUUCACCUCACAACCCAUCGACUGUUCUUCCAUGCCCUCCUGCCACCUGUUCCGCCAGAUAGUAUUGAUGACACCGGUGCUGCAAAUUCUGCACCGGGCACAACCCGUUCAGUUCUCCUGAUGAGCGGACCAGUGACAUAUCAUCACUCUAGCCCAUUGAAGCCAGCCCGCAGAGUCUGGAUGGAGAUCGGCCCGGAGAUGAUCUCGACAUAUCCCGCAGGUGACGAAUCGGGCCGAGUCAGGCCGUUACGAGUCAUUCUUCUCAACUCUGUCCGCAAAUUUGAGCCGUUGCAUCCCGGAGAGCCUUGCGAUCUCUAUCUCACCUACACUAGUCCUCAUGGAGAAAGUGUCGCGCACUUCACCGUCGAUACAGAGCAAUCCGCUUUGCAGUGGCGGCGAGCUCUAGAAGGGGCUUUGUUCCACAAUGCCAAGAGGGCAUUCUUUGACUCUUCCAAAGAUCAACGAGAUAAGGAUACUUGGAUGAUGAUGCGCUGCUGUGUCCCAUUGGACCGAAUCAACAUCCAAAAUAUCUCCGAUUACCACUCCUUUGCCACCUUGAUCGAAAUGUUCAUCGACUGGGAUGAUCAUUAUCGAAGCCGAUUCAUAUCAGAACAAUUGACGAUGGGCGAUCCGUUCAGGCAGGACAGUGUUACACCCGUCAGCAAGAAUAACUCACCUCGAAGGUCAUUUUCUGAUACAGGAGCACCACCGAAUCGGUCUCAAACUGUACCGCUCUCAGCUACAAAGUCCGCCGAUCACGAAAAGCCCGUCCGUUCCUCGACCACACUAUUGUCCUCCGUCCUUGGACGAUCAGCGAGCAACUCCCGGAGUCAAUCGCCUCAGCGCUCUCCAACGCCUACGUCCAAUAUCUCACGCUCCGACGACGGUCCACAGUGGAUGAACACCACGAUCCCGACUGUCAUCUCGCGGUUCAAUCAGAGGACCCAGGGAGAAUCGAGUGCUGGCCCUGUGGAAAUUGGACCUCAAUCUCACGAAUUCAGAUUGGCGCUCCUCAAUGAGAACGCUUGGUUCGCGGACCUGUUCAUCCAAGCCGUCCGUGCUGCUCAUAAGAGACAAUACAAACCCGAUGUUUCUCCUGCGAAGAUGAGGAUUGAGGUAGGCGGACACGAUUGUCUAGCUACAGAUGAGGAUAUCGAAGCUGCCAUGGGUCAUCACGAAAAGGUUUCGGAAGACUCGUGGGACAUUGACGAUCUGCAACCGGGCUCAGUCAACAAGGUUCGAAAGGCAGAGGUCAUCGCCAUGGCAGCGAAGGUGUUCGGCUUUCAUUCGGACACGCCAGUGUGGAUCAAGCGAUGCUAUCUUGCUGGUGUCAUGCCAGCUCGAGGUCAUCUGCUUAUCACUAAAGACUUUGUGUGCUUCUGGCGUCGCGCUACCCUUGGGGAAGACAUCAAGUUCCGAUUCGCCGUGGCUGAUGUCAAAGGAGCCAAGAUUCACGAAGACAAGGGCUCGGCUUUCCACAUCCUGUCGCUAGAAGUCGAAGGUCGUCCAGAUGUCCACUUUGAGUUUUGGCGCAAAAAGUCCCGCGACGAGGCCAUUGACCAUAUUCAAAAGGUCACAGCAAAGGCAGCAUCCAAUGAUCUCGGAAUAGAAAAGACAAUCUCUCCCGCGGACGAGACCCCUUCAUCCCCUGAGGAUCUGUUCCCGAUGGGAGACAAGCCGACGAAAGAGUUCCCUAGCAAGCAGGAUAUCAAGCAUCCAGCGGAUAUCCUUGCGCUGCCGAAAGCAUCCACUACAGUCUCCAGAGAGUUUCCCGACAACGCCCUGCCAUAUCUGCCCUUCAUUGCCAACUUUCCGCGGAAUCAUCGUUAUAAAUUGGCGGCGAGACACUUUGUGUUGCUCACUAUCGGGUCUCGAGGGGACGUGCAGCCGUAUAUCGCCCUUGGUCUGCGUCUAAAGCAAGACGGUCACAGAGUGACUAUCGUGACCCAUGAUGAGUUCAAGAAGUGGAUCGAGGGAUAUGGGAUUGACCACCGACAAGCCGGAGGCGAUCCUACGGCCCUGAUGAAGCUCAGUGCGGAGCACAAGAUGUUUUCACCUGGAUUCUUCAAGGAGUCCCUUGGUUCUUUCCGACAGUGGCUGGAUGAUUUGCUUAUCGACUCUUGGGGUGCAUGUCACGAUGCCGAUGUGCUCAUUGAGAGUCCGUCAACCAUGUCAGGCAUCCACAUCGCCGAAGCAUUGGGAAUCCCAUACUUUAGAGCAUUCACGAUGCCUUGGACCAGGACCAAUGCGUAUCCGCAAGCAUUCAUGGUUCCAGCAUUCGAGAUGGGUCCAAGCUUCAACUACUCAACCUAUGUUCUCUUUGAUAAUAUCAUGUGGCGCGCGUCGGCCGGUCAAAUCAACCGAUGGCGAAAGAAUCACCUGCGACUGAAAGCGACGGACAUGAGCAUGCUGUCAACGUCUCAAGUACCUUUCCUGUACAACUUUAGCCCGGCUGUAGUUCCGAAGCCUUUGGACUGGCACGAUAAUAUCAGCAUCACGGGAUACUGGUUCCUCGAGGACAGUGAUACCGAUUGGUCACCUCCGGCUGCUUUAGAAGCGUUUAUCGCCAAAGCCAAGGAGGACAAAAAGGCAUUGGUGUAUAUUGUGAGUGGCUCCGGGCGAGAGAGGUGCUGAGUAUAUAUAUAGGGCUUUGGGUCCAUCGUCGUACCUGAUCCUGAUCGCAUCACCAAGAGCAUUAUCAAGGCUGUCGAGAAGGCGGAUGUUCGGGCCAUCAUCGC